ACUAACUGCCUUGUGCCCUUGUCUCUUAUCUGGUACUCCUACUGCUUCUCUUUUUUUACUUCCAGUUCAGUUUCUACUCUCUCAGACUCAACUCAUUCAGUUGAGUUUGUAAUUCGCAACUUUGUCGUUCAAUUUAUUGAUCAAAAAGUCUAACAAUGGAAUGGAACAAGAAAAACUCCCGAGAGUCCGUAGCCAGGUAAUUUGGUUUCGUGUUUGGCCAUGGAUUUCGAGCCUCUCAAUAUGGAAACCGACGCCGUUGUUGAUUUCGGCGACUUCGAUGAUUUAAUGAUGUUGGAGAGGCAAGGCUCUUCUUCCUCUUCUUCUACUUCUACUUCUACUUCUACUUCUACUUCUUCAGCUAGGGCUCACGAUUACUCCACCACCGCCACCACUUCCGACGCCGACCCCAAUCUCGAGCCCUACGAGGGAAUGGAAUUCGAUUCCGAGCAAUCCGCCCGCAUUUUCUACAACUCCUACGCUCGCCGCGUCGGUUUCAGCACCCGCGUUAGCGUCUACCAGCGCUCCCGCCGCGACGGCUCCAUCAUCUGCCGCCAAAUCGUCUGCUCCCGCGAGGGCUUCCGCCGCCAGUCCUCCUCCGAUAACAGGUCCAAGCGCCAGCGCACCAUCACCAGGGUGGGUUGUAAGGCCCAGAUGACGGUCAAGAAGCAGACUUGUUCUGGGAAAUGGGCCGUUUCCAAGCUGGUGAAGGAGCACAACCACGAGCUUGUUCCUCCUGAUAAGGUGCAUUCCCUCCGCUCCCACCGCCAUGUAUCUGGCCCCGCUCGCAGUCUCAUUGAUACCCUUCAGGCUGCCGGGAUGGGCCCCAGUGGUGUAAUGUCUGUUUUGAUUAAGGAAUCUGGUGGGAUUAAUAAUGUUGGUUUUACGAAGGUGGAUUGCCAGAAUUACAUGAGCAGUAGUAGGCAGAGGAGUCUAGGCAGCGGGGGGCAGCUUGUCUUUGACUAUCUGAAGCUAAUGCAGGAUGAGGAUCCUGCUUUUUUCUGUGCCAUUCAGGGAGAUGAUACCGAUACCGACAACUUAACGGCCGGUAAUGUUUUCUGGGCAGAUGCGAAUUCAAGAAUGAACUAUAGCUACUUCGGAGACACCGUUACAUUUGACACAACAUAUAGAACUAACCGUUACCGGGUGCCAUUUGCCCCGUUCACGGGAUGGAACCAUCAUGGGCAGCCUGUCUUAUUUGGAUGCGCUUUGCUCCUCAAUGAAUCUGAGUCGUCUUUCGUUUGGCUAUUCCAAACUUGGUUAGCUGCAAUGUCUGGUCAACAUCCUGUUUCAAUCACAACAGAUCAAGAUAGAAUUAUACGGUCUGCUGUUAUGCAGGUGUUCCCUGGAAGCCGCCACCGGUUUUGUAAAUGGAAUGUGUUUAGGGAAGCUCAGGAGAAACUAUCUGAUGUGUAUCACUCACACCCCACGUUUGAAGCCGAGUUUCUAAGGUGCAUCAAUGUCACAGAGACAGUUGAUGACUUUGAGUCUUGUUGGGAGUCCCUGCUCCAAAAGUACAGUCUUAGGGAUAACGAAUGGCUUCAGUCGAUGUAUAAUGCUCGCCAGCAGUGGGUCCCGGUGUUUCUUAGGGAUGUAUUCUUUGGUGAGAUGACCACGAUGCAGGGAAGUGAUAACGUAAAUUCAUAUUUCGACGGGUACAUCAACGCAUCAACCACAAUUCAGGCGCUCAUCAAGCAAUAUGAGAAGGCAAUUGCCACUCGCCAUGAGAAGGAAGUAAAGUCGGACUACGAAACGAUGAACACCACUCCUCUUCUGAAGACGCCUUCUCCCAUGGAGAAACAGGCUGCAAAAGUUUUCACAAAGAUGGUAUUCAUGAAAUUCCAAGAGGAACUAGUUGAGACUCUUGCUUAUCCUGCAACUAUUGUUGAUGAUACAGGAUUGGAGACCAUGUAUCGAGUGGCGAAAUUUGGGGAAGACCACAAGGCACACUUUGUUAGGUUCAAUGUGUUUGACAAGAAAGCAAGCUGUAGCUGCCGAAUGUUUGAAUUUUCAGGAAUUACUUGUAGACACAUUUUAGCAGUUUUUAGGGUGACAAAUGUUCUUACACUUCCAUCCCAUUAUAUACUGAAGAGGUGGACAAGAAAUGCCAAAAGUGGGAUUGUAUUGGAUGAGCAGGCUCUUGGUUUGCCUAUCGGUUCUCAAGAUUCUUGUGCUGCUCGCUAUGAAAAUCUGCGGAGGGAAGCUAUCAGAUAUGUUGAAGAAGGAGCUGAAUCAGUGCAUACUUAUAAUGUGGCAAUGGAUUCUCUUCGUGAGGCUGCAAAGAAAGUUGCUGCAGCAAAAAAGCAUGUUCCUGUAGUCACACAAAAUACUGCUUAUCAUGGCAGCCAGCAGCAUCAGUCUUACUCAUUGGAUCAAGACAAGAAAAUUGAGGAAUUGAGUGCUGAACUGGAAGAUGCAAGUAAGCGAUGCGAAGCAUAUAGAGCAAAGCUUCUUGCUGUUCUCAAGGAUAUGGAAGAACGAAAGUUGAAGAUAUCAGUGAAUGUCGAGAAUGUGAGGCUCAACCUCAGAAUUUAGAUAUGGAGCAUUGGAGCACUGCUAUUCAUCAUUAUUGGUGUUUUAUUGGUAUUGGUGAUAUGCAUGCAUCUUCAUGCGUGUGUCGGUAAAAGAAAAUUGUCACAUGGCGAAAACAAAAAAGAGUGAAUAUACCGAAUUGGUCAGCUAUGGCUCCAUCUCAUCCUUUGUAUGUAAAAUAAAUAUAAGAGCAACUAGGAGGAGGGCUGUCUCCAAUAUUACCAUACAUUCACUUGUUUAGAUAUAUUGCUAGAUAGACUGUAUUUCUUUUUAUUCCCUUUUCUCUUCCAAUUUAAAUGCAAAGAUUAAAUUAGGUGUACUUAGUGGCAGAAGACGAG